CCCGCCCCUCGCACUCGGCUCCCCGCUCCUCGCCGCCCGCACAGCCGGGGCCGGAGCGCCGGGCGCAGCGCGGGGCCGGGGCGGGGAGGGGCGGGGGCCGGUGCCGGGGCCGGUGGCGGUGCCGGUACCGGAGCUGUCCAGUGCUGAGGGCGCCGGCCCGGCCCCGCCAUGCCCCGCUCCUUCCUGGUGAAGAAGCUGAAGGCGGAGGCGUUCCCGGCCGCCGGGGCCCCCGCGCCCCCCUACGCCCCCCUGGAACCCCCCUACACGCUGCCCGGCCCCGCCGCCGGCGAUGGGUACCUCCAGCACUGCCUGGCACCCGCUGGCUAUGACACCGACAAGAAACAGGGUCUGCCGCCGCCGCCACCGGACCCAGCCUACGCCCCUGGCCACGAGGAGUACAGUGACCCCGAGAGCCCCCAGUCCAGCUUUUCUGCCCGCUACUUCAAUGGGGAGGCCGCAGUGACGGACAGCUACUCCAUGGACGCCUUCUUCAUCACGGAUGGGCGGUCGCGCCGGCGCAGCGAGAGCCAGCGCCGUGGCAGCCACCGUCACUCCUGCCCCGAGUGCGGCAAGACCUACGCCACCUCUUCCAACCUCAGCCGGCACAAGCAGACCCACCGCAGCCUGGACAGCAAGAUGGCGAGGAAAUGCCCCACCUGCGGCAAGGCUUACGUCUCCAUGCCCGCCCUGGCCAUGCACGUCCUCACCCACAACCUCAAGCACAAGUGCGACGUGUGCGGCAAAGCCUUCAGCCGGCCCUGGCUGCUGCAGGGCCACAUGCGCUCGCACACCGGGGAGAAGCCCUUCGGCUGCUCCCACUGCGGAAAAGCCUUCGCCGACCGCUCCAACCUGCGCGCCCACAUGCAGACCCACUCCGCCUUCAAGCACUACAAGUGCAAGCAGUGCGAGAAGACCUUCGCCCUCAAGUCGUACCUCAACAAGCACUAUGAGUCCGCCUGCUUCAAGGGCUCUGAACACAGCUGUGCAAUAGGGAACUAGCCCCCCAGCCCGCUGUGGCGCAUCCCCAUCCUCAUCCGCAUCCCUAUUGCCAUCCCUGUCACCAUCCCCAUCCCCAUCCCCAUCCCAGUCUCAGUCCCUGAGCCAGCACUCCUGCAGCUGCAGCCGGCUGGUUUGCAGCUGUGCUGUGGCUGGAGGGGACAUCCCCGCAGACUCACUCCCCACCUGGGAGGAGGGUGCCCCAGCACUCCCCAGGAAGGGCCAGAUCUGGCUGGGCCCACAGUGGGACCCAGCUCCGAGCCCACAGGUCCCCGAGCCCCCCCGCAGCCAGGCAGGUCUCUCUGCGGGGGACUCGCCUGGGGACCUCUUCCAGACCCAGGAGAGACUUUCCUUCCCCAGCUUGUGACUUUCACCUCUAUUUAUUUAAUUUAUUACUAUUAUUUAUUUAGAGCUGCUGCUUCUCCUCCCGGCGGAUCCGGGGGAGAAAAGACACUUUUCUGCUCCCCCCAGGAGCAAAACCUCACCUUGACCCUAACACUGAUGGGACCAUGGGCUGGUGCUACUGAUGGCUUGGCAGGACUGACGGACGGUGUGGCUGACAGGAGGGCAGAGCUGUCAGUCACCCUUGGAGGCUGGGGUCCCUACAGCCCACCAGCCGGGCCCUGGGGCACCCUGAUGCGCCCCUGCCCGGCACGGUCCCAUGGGACAUGGCCCUGUGGCAUGGUGCUCACUGCAGCUCCACAGCCCUGGUGUCAGGGGAAGAGCGAAGGGCUCCCAGCAGAGUCCCAUGGGACACACCCCAGCUCCUGGCUUGGCCAGGCGUGACUGGCCCCCACCAUGGUGCUGGGCUGGGGAGCAGUCCCCCUGGGCAGGUGCAGUCCCCCUCACCAUGCAAACAGCCAGGCUGGCAGCUGGGCUGGAGACCCAGCCCUGGGGGCAGCACCCGAACCUCUAACUGCCCCCCACGUACCCCCAGCCUCUGCCCGGACCCCUCCCCAGCCAUCUUCCAGCCCCUUCACCAUCACCCCCUGCCUACAUUCAGGAGGAGGGGGUCAGUGUAGCCGUAAAGUUUGGGUGAGUCUAUUUAAAUGUUCUUAUUUAUAUUAUUUAUAACUUAUGCUUUUCACUAUUUAUUUGCCAAGACUGGCAGGGCCAUGCCAGCGCUGGCUUGCAGGAGGUGGCAGAGCUGCAGCAGAGCCACCGUGCCCAGGACACAGCUGCGGUGACACGGAAAAGAACAGGACCCCGAGAGUGGACCGUGUGGCGGGCACGGAGGCAGGAGGGCACGAGCUGGCCCAGUAGCCCAGGCUCCGUGCCCUGCAAGCCUCCCACAAAGGCAAAGCCUUUCUUCUUCGUCUUCCUCAUUGCCACAGGCUCCUGCUCUGCUCCCUGCCCCGCGCCAGCCCGGCGGGGACAAACCAGCCAUUCUAUGCAACCUCCCGGCGGAGCAUUCCUGCACCGGCCCCGGAGCGAGCGCUGUGCGCGCGGCAUCCCGGAGCGGGGCCUGACCCGUGCCUCCGCUUCCUACCUCGGGCCACGAGCUGCCAUGGCCCCAUCACCGUGUGCCGGUCCCCGACACUUUCGGGGUUCAGCCCGGCACCCCGCGGGGCCGCACUUGCGUACCCCCACUCUGUCUUCCUGCGCCGUCUUCCUCCCUGCAUCGUCUUCCUCCUGCCGCCUCGGUGCCCGCAUGCUCCCUGCACGCUGCCAUGGCCGCAGCUUGCGGGCUCAAUGCCUCCCAGGGAUGUCCCUGUCGCAGUCCUCGCUGCUGUGGCAUGGUGGCCACACACCCGCACUCCACGCAGGGGAAGAGCAUCACACCACACAGGCACCCCGUCAGCUGAGGACGCAGCGGUUUGGGCUUUCCCCGCGGCAGCACCGCGUCCCUCAGCUGGGCAGGCACGGAGCGUCGCGCCUCUGCCCCUGUCUAUACUGUAAAUAGCAGAUACUACAGCAAUAAUUUUCCGUGCAUGAUGAUAGAUUUUUUUCUGCCAGGUUUUGUACUCGACAGCCCCCAGUAAGACAAGUCUACUGAGAACCGGCCGCCCGCAGUAUUACUUAUAACGCAAUUCAGGGAUAUAAAAGGGAUUU